AUGGGGACGGGCCAAGAUGGACUUUCUGUUGGGUCCUGUAGAGGCAGACGAUGGAGGCGAACUGCACGGGGAGGAAAUCGUUUCCAGAAGCGGCAGGGUAGCCUCCAUGGCUUUCUCUCGCGAACGCACCAGAUUCCCCCUGUGCACUCCCAUGAGAGGCGACCCUUUGGAGGAACAGGUAGUGACAGCGCCAGAAUAAUACAGGAGUUGCGCCACAGAGUGCAAAACCUGGAGCGGGAGGUGGCUAGCAGAGAACGCCACCAACCAGCUCCAAGGCAAGAGCGUUCCCUAUCUCUUCAAAGGAGAGGAAGAAGUCCCCGAAGGAGCCGCUCCAGACACACCCCGAGCCCCCGAUCGGAGUCAAAAAGCCAAGACAAAAGUAGGGAGGUGCCAAGAAGACGACGAGAUCCUGUAAUUUACACCCGACCUCUGACAAGAAAUACCGUGGAGGAAAACCGAGAAGACAGCAGAGAAAGACCAAGGAGAAGGCGACCACCUGUAAUCAUGGGGGCAACCCCUUUCCACCAUUCGAUCCUUGAGGUUCGGCUUCCGAAGCACUUCGAUAAGCCAACGGACAUGAGGAAGCACCUCACCACCAAGCCCGUGUGGACAAUGCAAGAAAUCCAAAACGUCGCUAGGGAGUAUAUCAAUGAUGAGGAGGUUAGCCAGGUCGUGGCAGCCAACAAGCGGCAGCCAGCCUACAACCAUACCCGUCAACCCGGUAGCGGGGAAAGGCCAAGGAAAUACUCCAAAGACGGAGCUCUAGCCAAAGCUUUCAAGUCGUUCCCCCGGGUAGGGAAGUUUACCAAUCGUGACUCUGCACGUAACACAAGCAACCGAAUCCCCCUCCUGGGUGGACCCAAUCAUGGAUUUCUUGGAAAAAGGUAA